AUGAGCGUUGAGGCCGUGCUCUACAGAUCAUAUCUGAUCUCAGAAGUCAUUCUUGUUGUUCUUUUUUUAUUUCUAUUUCCUUCGUUUGAAUUGCUUUUGUCUUUCUCAUUCCCUUUCUAUCUAUUGUUUCCCUCUCUUAUAUUCUUCUUCUUCUUCUUCUUCUUCUUCUUCUUCUUCUUCUUCUUCUUCUUCUUCUUUUCUUCUUCCUUUCUUAUUCCAUCAUUACUUGCCAUCCAUGCUGUACAUAUACUCUCCAUCGCUCUCUCACUCUCUCCCUAUCGAUCUAUCUAUCUAUCUAUCUCAUUUCACAUUCAUCGUCGUUAUCUAUCUAUCUAUCUAUAUCUAUAUCUAUAUAUGUUGCUCUCUCCCUUCAAUUCCCUCUCUCUCUCUAUCUCUGUCAUAAUCUCUCCCUUAUCUAUCUAUCUAUCUAUCUAUCUAUCUAUCUAUCUAUCUAUCUAA